AUGAACGGCGGCAUCUUUAAGUCGCGGGCGCGCCAUUCCCGUGUGAAACUAUCCAAGUCCCUGCAGGAAGCAUUGUUGGACGCUGUUGCAGACACUGGUGGAGGUGCCCACGGCCCUUUCUGGAGAAGUCAAAGGCUUGCUAACUCAUCAGGUACAGAACUUCCGUCAGUUCACAGAAGAAUAUCGUCAGUGGGCGGAGAUCUCGCUCGAGAUACGGUGCUCGUGGAGACUUCGAAAAGACACCGCGAGGCGACAACUGAACUCGAUCCAUUACCAGCGAAGAGAGCCCGACUGACGCCGGCAGACACGCAACAACCUAGAGUCGACAACAAGAGAGCAGACCAGGUGAACAAGACGACUCUACAACACCCAAAGCCGAGCUCUACCAAGCGUGUUCACGCCUCGUUCCUCAGAGACUUCGUUGAUCCCAUCCAUCUAAAUACCCGUUCCGCGUCUGUCCAUACCUCUGUCUCCAACUGGCUCGAGUCUGUCGGGUCGGAUCCAGUGUCACGCUGUCGGUCGGAUAGCUACCUUUGCCGUUCAUACGACGACAUCAUUUCAAGACAAGUCACGAAAUCGGCGCCGGAAAUGGGCCAUGUACGGGAUGCCGAUGGGUUUGUGGUACCUCCGACCCCGGCGUCUACUGGUUCUUGGUCGUACCGAACAGAUGCAGAUGCCAGAUCCGUCGCACCGUCGGACCUCACUGGUGCCACGCCUAGUUCAGGGCGAUCUGGAAGAAGCCUAGUCGAGGACCCCUUAUACCGAGAAACGAACUUAGCCGCGAACAAUAUCUAUAUGUGUCAUCCCUGCGAUCCAAUCCUUGAAGACGUUGCCAGCAUUGUGGAUUAUGUUCGCCGAAACCGUGAUUCUCCGGGUCCGUCGCUAGAUGAGACCAGGCAAAACAGGGACUUGUACGAUCUCUCGCUAGGUACAGCAGAACCGGACGUGGAAAAGUAUUUCAAUAGUCACAUUUUCCAUGAUCCCAAGUCGUCGGACAGUCUAAAGCGCAGCGACAGACAACCGAUGGCUAGGCACACUGUUCCCAAUAGCGGCUCGAAGCUCAAAGUCAGCAAUCCAGUCCCAGGUAUGAUUUAUGGAUAUACCCGCAAUGGGGCGUUUACAAGAGCGCAGCAAACCCAGUUCAACUCUAUGGGCAAUACAAUGGUCGCAAACAGCCAGAAUAUGAUUUGUCCAUUUUUCGUCAUCGAGUUCAAGGGUGACGGACCUUCUGGGACUGGAAGUCUCUGGGUGGCGACGAAUCAAUGCUUGGGCGGGUCGGCAUCUUGUGUCAAUAUCUCGGAACGCCUUAAUCGCCAGCUAAGGCAUUGUAAGAGUGCGGAGAUCCAGCCAGUUAACACUGCGGCAUUCAGCGUCGCCAUGAGCGGCACAGAGGCCCGACUGUACAUCUCAUGGAAGCACAACGAGCUCGAUUACUACAUGGCGAAUGUCGAGAGUUUCUUGCUUCAGAGGCCAGAUCAUUUCUUGGAAUUCCGCAAGUACAUUCGCAACAUUAUCGACUGGGGGAAGGACAGGCGAUUGAAGGACAUUCAGAAUUGCCUUGAUAGCCUUCUGGAAGAGAGCAGGAUGAGAUCUUCCGAGGCGGCCAAGUCCCGCCUGCCACCUUCUGAUUCCUCUGCGACCAGCAGUGGGAAGAGGCGCAAAUCCUCAUCGUCGCGCAGAACAGGUAGCAGAUCUAGCAGUGGCAUUUCUAACAAUGUUCAAGCACAGGAAGGUGGACGCGAUAAGCCAUAUUGGGAGUGGGACGAGACAACGGGAAACUGGUUUCACGCUAACGCUAACGGGACUCUCACUUGGGCAGAGCAGGCAGGACAGUCAUCAUCAGCGGGAGUGGAGUAUUAG